AUGAGAUCCUUGGUGGUGUUGUUCGCUCUUGUCGCCGUGGCCGUAGCCGCCCCUCACGGCGGUCAGUUGGUGGCUUACCAACAACAAGUUCCUGUGAGUUACGUAGUGCCAUCGGCAGUGUCCCAUCAAUCCCGAGUCGACUACAACGGGCAUUUUGUACCAACUGAGCAAUUGGUUGCUGCUUCCCCCUAUGGUGCAGGACUAGCGCCCGCUUUCUAUGCGGCUAAUCCCGUUUUCGGUGGUCCGCUAGCUCACAACUACUAUGGCGGCCAAGUGUUCGCUCCAUUCGCAGCCCCAGGAGCGGUAUUUGCUGCCUACUAG